AUGCAAAUGAACAUUCAAAACGAAGAUGUACACUUGUUUGCCACCAAUGUCAUAGAAAAUGGGAAGCCUAAGGGGAACAUUAAAUAUCUUCCGUGCUCAACAUUUUCUUUAAGCAUGAAUGAGUGGAGGCAGUAUGCAGAUAAUGCGAAGGUUAUUGUAGGAUGGAUUGUUCUUCAAUUUCUUCCUCAGUUCACGUUUUUCAAAGGCAUUGUUCCAGAGCGUAUAUUGCAUGUUCACAGUAAGGAAAUGGAACAGCAAUCAAGCAUUGUUAGUCUGCCUAUUAUUAAUGCCAAUGAGGCAAAAUAUGAAGAUUGCGUUUCCAUACUUCGUACAUACAAGAAAUGGAUUGCUGAAAUUUAUUUUAAGACUGGUUUGCUUCAAGAAAUUCCUCAAGUAGAUAAUCCACCAGUACCUGCUGGACCCGCAGCCCCUGGUCAGACCCAUGCCCAUCAACAGCCAACAUGA